AUGUCUGAAACCUUUCUCACUGUCCCAGCGGAGGAAGUGCUCUUCGCCACAGCUGGGGUGCAUGGAGGAGCUGUGGACCCCACGUUCAUGAGCCGCUGCACCCACCUGCUCUGUAGGAGUCAGGUCAGUGGGCUGUUUGCACAGGCCAUAAAGGAGAGGAAGAGGUGCAUCAUGGCACACUGGCUGAACAUGAUCCUGAAGAAAAAGAAGCUGGUGCCACCCCAUCCGGCCCUGCGCUUUACAGUGGCCUUCCCCCUGGGGGGCAAGCUGUGCUCCCAGCACAUAAUCUCUGUGACUGGGUUUGUUGACAGCGACAGGGGCGACCUGAAGCUAAUGGUGUACCUGGCAGGUGCCAAGUACAUGGGCUACCUGUGCCACAGCAACACCGUCCUCAUCUGCAGAGAACUGACUUGUUUAAAGCAUGAGAAAGCCAAAGAACAGCAGAUCCCGUGCCUGAAUGCCCAGUGGCUGGGGGACAUCCUGCUGGGGAACUCUGAGGCCCUGUGGCAGAUGCAGUAUGGCUGCUACACUGCCUUCAGCAUGCAGGACCCCUUUACCCCAACCCCGCACCUGGUGUUGAACCUUCUGGAUGCUUGGAGAGUUCCGUUGAAAGUGUCAGCAGAGUUGCUGAUGGGUAUAAGACUACCUCCCAAACCGAAGCAGAAUGAAGUAACUAAUAUCCAGCCUUCUUCCAAAAGUGCCAGAAUCAAAGAUAUUCUGCCUCCCACCAAGAAGUUACUACCGGAACUGACCCCUUUUGUGCUUUUCAUUGGAUUUGAGUCUAUUCAAGUUCAAGAGUACUUAAUGAAGCUCCACAUCCUGGGUGGGGAGGUCGCCGAGUCUGCACAGAAGUGCACCCACCUCAUCGCCAGCAAGGUGAAGCGGAUCAUCAAGUUCCUGAUGGCCAUUUCCGUGGUGAAGCACAUCGUCACCCCAGAGUGGCUGUAGGAGUGCUUCAAGUGCCAGAAGUUCAUCGAUCAACAGAACUACCUUUUCCAAGAUGCGGAGGCUGAAGUGCUUUUCUCCUUUAGUUUGGAGGAGUCCUUGAGGAGGGCACAUGUUUCUCUGCUCUUCAAGGCGAAAUACUUUUACAUCACUGCUGGGAUCUGCCCAUGUCUGUCAACCAUGAAAGCGAUGAUGGAAUGUGCAGGAGGCAAAGUGUUGUCUAAACAGCCAUCUUUCCAGAAAUUCAUGGAAUAUAAGCAGGAUAAUAGUAUGUCAGAAAUGAUUUUAAUAUCCUGUGAAAAUAACCUUCACUUGUCUCAAAAGUAUUCUGCCAGAGGAUUAGUUUUGUCUUUGUUCCUUGCAGAUGUUCACAAUGCAGAGUUUGUUCUCACUGGAGUGCUCACUCAGUCACUGGAUUAUGAGUCAUAUCCUUUGGGAAGGCGGUGGGUGGGCCCCUCUCAUCAUUAG